UUCUUCCACCGCCACUUGACACAUCCCGCCGAGCAAAGCCCAAUCUACCCCAAGUGCUGCAAAGUACGACAAGGCGGAAAAAUGACGAUGAAAAUAACAGCCCUCUCUGUAUAUCCCAUCAAGGGCCUGCGCGGGAUCGUUCUCCAGUCAGCCCAGAUUGGGCCGCUGGGAAUAAAGCAUGACCGAAGUUUUAUGUUGUACGAGGUGCAUCCGACGACGGGGGAGCUGAAGAAGAUCCAACUGGAUUCACAUCCGCGCUGUGCCCUGUUCGAACAGCACAUCACUCCCAGGCCUCAAGACGGGGCUGCUUCUCUUGCCGUGCGGUACCUCGGCAGCACGCUGCAGGGUUCCGAAGCCACCGAAGAUGACAGUACAAUCGAGCUCCCACUCGAGCCGGACAUGUCCUCCCUUGAAAAGACUGACGUGGUUCUGCACGGCAGCCCGGCGUCAGCCUACCGCAUGGGUGACUCAUACGACACCUGGUUCAGCCAGCACUUCGGCGUCUCCGCCAUGCUGGUUUACCUUGGCGACGGACGGCGAGCUGUUCUGGGUCAAACGCUCCCACCGAAACCCGCCCAAGAACAACAACAACCGCAGGGGUGGAUGUCUUCCCUGACCUCUUACGUCACCGGGGCCCAGGGGUCAGGCAGCGGCUCGGGUCCAUGGCUGUCCUUCAGCGACGUGGCGCCCUUGAUGGUCGCAUCUGAAACAUCCUUGCAGGAUGUCAAGGACCGUCUUCUCAACGGCCAACCAGUGGAGAUGUACAAAUUCCGACCCAACAUCGUCGUGGAUGGCGCGGGUGAGGAUGCAUGGGCAGAAGACUUCUGGGCCGAGAUCGCCAUAGGGCCCAGCGGAAACUCGGAGAAGAGUGCACUUCAGUUGACGGGCAACUGCGUGAGAUGUCUCAGCUUGAACGUUGAUUACCAGACGGGGAAGCCGGCCGAAGGGGAACUUGGCAACGUCCUAAAGAGACUCAUGAAGGACAGGAGGGUCGAUACGGGGUCCAAGUGGUCACCUGUGUUUGGCCGGUAUGCCUUUCUGGACGGCCGCCACACCGAAGGCAUUACCGUGUCAGUAGGUGACAGCGUUGAGGUCACUCGGCGCAACACGGAACGGACCGUCUGGGACUGGCCGGGCAUGUAAUACCCCAGGUAGAUAAAGCCCUGGAUCUCAAGCUCUACGCUAUUUUUCGGUUUGGCAUCAAAAGCUUCAACACGCACAUGGCGCUAGGGACAUCAACUAUACCCAAUACAUUG